AUGACUCUACGAAGGAGCCACAAGUCCCUACGAACACCCUACUCUGUAACUUCUCUCCUCCCAUCCGACUGUCUUCCCCGUCCUCUCGCCCUUUGUCGACCCGUCUCCCCGCGCUUCGGCCCUAUACCUCGGGGCAACGCCAAUUCCAAUUCAUCCCCACGAAUCUUCUCACUCUCCAGAUCCACAGCCGCGUAUCGGAACGAGAACAGUUCACCUCUCCGGGACCUCUCCCCGCACACAAGACCCCAAUCUCUACCAAGAGUGAUGAAGGAACCAACGUCCCCCAGCCCCACAUACAUCUAUCAACUAAUAUCAGUUAACGGAAAAGUCCGCACGUGCUCGGACUCGCUCCGUCGGAACCACCGUGCCCCUCCCGACGGCCGGACCGUCCUAUACUCUACCAAAGUGACGUGA